GGGGAGCACCGAUUUUUUCCCACUUAUCGCCCUUCUGAUUUUGUAUCUCCUCUCUCGAUCACUAUUCUUUCGUCCAUGGCUACAUCUUUCGCGCCAAUUUCCAUUUCAGGUGGAUGCCAUCUUAAGCCGCGCGAGCUUUUGUUAACGAAUCCUAAUUCUCUUAGGGUUUCACCUAAGCUUGCUGCUAAAAGGAAAUCCAACCUCGAGAGAAGGAACCGGAGCUCAGCAAUUCGUGCAGAAUACCGUGACAGUGGAAGUGGAGGUGGGGAUUUUGUUGCUGGUUUUCUUCUGGGAGGUGCGAUUUUUGGAACACUAGCUUACAUCUUUGCUCCCCAGAUUAGAAGAUCUCUGUUGAAUGAAGAUGAAUACGGGUUUCGUAAGGCCAAAAGACCGAUAUACUAUGACGAAGGUUUAGAGAGGACCAGGCAGACUCUGAAUGAAAAGAUAGGCCAACUAAAUUCGGCCAUUGAUAACGUGUCUUCACGCUUGAGAGGUGGCAAUAAUGUGCCUGCAACACCAGUAGAAAGUGACCCUGAAGUGGAAGCUACCCUGUGAGGCGUUUCUUGUUUGGUUCCAUUAUUUUUUCAGUACUGCUUUCACUAACGCUUGAGUAGUGAUUAUAAAUAAUUGAAGACCGUAUACCUGUUAAAAUUGGUUCUGCUACCUUAUUUUGCCAUAAUUUUUUGGGUUGCAUGUUCGAUGGCAAAAGACUUCCUGCUGGAUACGUGGAAUCUCUUGAAUGGAAUUUAUAUCUCUUGUUUUCUAUA